AUGAAUUUGUAUGAAGAUUUGGUGUGGAAAGUGAAUAAUAUUGGUACGCAAAAAUUGGAUAGCCGUUGGAUUGGGCAAGAUUUUUUGAUCGGAGGCUCCAAGAAAAGCUACGUGGCUUAUAGUCGUUGGGCUAUGUGGGCUGGUGGGUUAGAACUGACGUCAGCGACUGAUUUUCAAAUUUUUUUUACUCAUGAUGUGACGCUGAAGUUAGCAGCCUGGGGGCAACAACGCAGUCCAUUUUUGCAUGUGGGCUAUCCCGAGCUGGUGAGUCCUAUGCCUUGCCCGGGCUGCCUUUUGCGUGCUGGAGGUCCAAAUCUUGCUGGAGGGGGCCUGUUGCCAUGGCAACUGGGCUGCGCCGAAGGUGCUCUUAGAGAUGCUUAUGGCUGGCUAGUGUAG